GUGGCGCGCACACGACGUAACCAGCCCGCGCCCGCAGAAGUGAGGAAGCCCGGAGCUGAGGAGAAACACGUUUCUCGCUAGCCUCGGCUCGCGCGCCAUGGCGACCCCCGUCCAGCAGCCUCCUCAGUCUAGCGGCGGAAAGCGCAAAGGCAAAGCUCAGUAUGUGCAGGCCAAGCGGGCUCGGCGCUGCGACGGCGGCGGGCCCCGGCAGCUGGAACCCGGGCUACAGGGCAUUCUCAUUACCUGCAACAUGAACGAGCGCAAGUGCGUGGAGGAGGCCUACAGCCUGCUCAAUGAAUACGGCGACGACAUGUAUGGGCCCGAAAAGUUUAUGGACAAAGAUCAACAGCCCUCUGGAAGUGAGGGAGAAGAUGAUGAUGUGGAGGCUGCUUUGAGGAAAGAAGUUGGUGACAUUAAAGCCUCUACAGAGAUGAAGCUAAGAAGAUUCCAGUCAGUGGAGAGUGGAGCAAAUAAUGUAGUCUUCAUCAGGACACUUGGGAUAGAACCUGAGAAAUUGGUACAUCAUAUUCUCCAGGAUAUGUACCAAACCAAGAAGAAGAAGACUCGAGUUAUUCUACGUAUGUUACCCAUUUCAGGCACGUGCAAGGCUUUCUUAGAAGAUAUGAAAAAAUAUGCAGAAACAUUUUUGGAACCCUGGUUUAAAGCUCCAAACAAAGGGACAUUUCAGAUUGUAUAUAAAUCUCGAAAUAAUAGUCACAUGAAUAGAGAAGAAGUUAUCAAAGAAUUGGCAGGAAUAGUAGGCAGCCUCAAUUCGGAAAAUAAAGUGGAUCUUUCCAAUCCACAAUACACGGUGGUAGUAGAAAUCAUUAAAGCUGUCUGUUGCCUGAGUGUUGUGAAAGAUUAUAUGUUGUUCAGAAAGUAUAAUCUCCAGGAGGUGGUGAAGAGUGCUAAGGACCCAUCACAACUUAACCCAAAGCAGCCAGCACAAGCAGGAAAUGGGAAAGAAGCUAAAUUGGAACCUGGUGACAAAUCAAAUGACCCAGCAGAAGGAAAAAACCAGCAAGUGGUACCCGAAAAUAAUGAGGACCUGGGGCAGACAAAACCAAGAUCUGAGAUACAGGUGGUGAAUGAGGGAGGAGCUAAACCUGAACUUGAAAGUCAAGUCACAGAAAGAUCGGAGUCAAAUGAAAAUGACCUCUCAGAGGAAAAAUAAUUCAUUUGAUGUUGCAGGUGGGUUUCUCAGAUGGCGUUUGGUGAGAUAUUGCUAGGAUUCCAUAUAAAAUUGUGACUGACAGUAUAUCGUUUUUUUUUUUUUUUUACCUUUGUGCACUAUAUAAUGCUGAGCUCACAGUAGUGAACAGUGAUUUAGCAAUUCCGUUAAUAAUUCUGUUGGAGAUCUUUUCACCCCCAUAUGCCAGUGUGCAAUUAGGCCGAUGUACACUUGGUUGCGCUGGGAGAAGCUGUGGAUAAAUGAUGAACACUUGCAUGGAGGGGGAGAGUGGAAGGAAGAUAAUGUUGGCCUCUCCCUCUUGAUUAACCUCCCCAGCCUCCCCUGCUGCGCUGCCACCUGACUUAUGGGAACAAACUAACUCUGUAAAAGAGAGUUUCAUGGGGAAUUUUCAUUCCAAGGAAGGAAUUUUUAUGUGUUGCAGUUCAGCUGUCCCCUCCCACUUUGUUAUAAACAUAGCAAAAACAAAGGUCUUAGAGGUUUAGAAGUGAACUGUUUUUGUGAAGUUUUUCUUUUUGUGUGUGUGAUUCUCUUACUUUGUUACUAUGCCAGUUUUUAUGUUUUAUUAACAUGUCACAAACAUCUCUGAUGAUUUAGUGCUGCAAUUUUUGAAGGCAUGGGUGAGGUAGAAGAGGACCAUUCUAGGCAUAGAACUACAGGCAUUUCUGAUAAGGUUAGUGAUAAAGAGUCUUCUGUGUUUCUUCAGGAUGCCAGUGCAACAAGAGAGACAAAUUCUUUAUAGUGAAAGAUACUUUUGAAAUCCAAGCUAUUCUCUUGCAUUAUACAUUGUCUGUGGAAUGGAACUUAUAAACCUAGUAUUUGCUCCAGCAAUUGGAACUAUAAAUCAUAACCAUUUGAUGAUAAAGAUGUUCAUUAUUUAAAAUGACAUCAUGUAAUAUCAAAAUAAUAACUUUUGUUUAAAAAAAUCACACUCAGGGGCACCUGGUUUGCUCAGUCUGUACAGCAUGAGACUGUUGAUCUUGGGGUUGUAGGUCUAAGCCCCAUAUGGGGUGUAGAGAUUACUUAAAAAUAAAAUCUUAAACAAAAAAAUCACAUUCAGUUAAAGGUUUAGGAAGCAAAUUAUUUAGUAGCAGCAAUUACACUACGAAAAGAAAAACUCACAUAGUUGGUGAGACUAAUACCAACAUUAAAUGCUAGAGCAGGAAGCUGUACAAGAACCUGAAAAGCAGCAGCUUCUCAAUCUGGGUUGAUGAGUCAGCAGAUUUCAUGAAUAUUUGCCAUACUGUAGCCUUGGUAAGAUUAAAAUUCAAGAAGGCUUUUUCUGUGAGGAGCCUCUCAAAACAAAAGGCAAUAUAAAUUUCAUGGGUUUUCAUAUCUGAGGACUGAAGGUCUGUCAUGAAUAGUCCUGGUGCUCAUGGUUGCCUCCAUGACAAGUUUUGCCUUAUUUUGGUAAAAGAAAAUCCUGAUGUUGAUGUUACAGCACACUACUUUCUUCACAGAGAGGUGCUGAUAUAUAAAAGGAGAUGAAGUGAAGAAAGUUCUGGAUAAUGCUGUAGAAAUUGUUAACUUUAUUAAAGACCCAUGUAUGCAAGAAUGUUUGAAAACAAAACUAAAGUCUGAACAAGGAGCACAUAAAUCAUCAUACAGAAAUUCAGUGGCUUGUCAGAGGAUGAGUUCUCAACAGGAUAUUUGAGUUGAAAGGUGAAUUGCCAGAGUACACACAAGGAAAUACUGGCCAGAUUUUGCUGAGUGCUUUGGAGAUGAAAGAUGGCUACAAAAACUAGUCUAUUUAGUAGACAUUUUUCAUCACAUGAACCAAUGAGACCAGUUUCUUCAAGGUUCUGGAGAAAAUUGUUUUGAAAGUAAUAAGGUUCUCAGAUUAAAAAGACACAGACUUCUUUGGAACUAUCACUUUGCCAAAGGAACUCUUGAAAUGUUUCCAUAGCCACUUGGGCUUGAGAAUGAAGAAAAGAUAGCAAUAAGUCUGCAGUCUUAACUAAAACUCUCCACGAAGAACUACAAAACCAAAUUAAAUAGCAUUACCCCUCCUUUUCCUAAAACUGGUUUAUGACUGGGUGAGGAACCUCUUCUCUGAAUCUCAGUUUAAGAUUUUCUCUGGGAGAAUAGAAAGAACUCUGUAAGUCAUAGUCUGAUAGUUCUGGGUUUCUGUGAAAUAAGAGUAUCCUUAACUUAGUGCUCACACUUGCAUGCCAUGAGAGUUCCCUUAAUUUGGAAGUUUUUUUCAAGAUUUCCUCCAAGGUAAACUUCUGAAAAAUGUUGGAAAAGAUGGACACCAAAGAGAGCUGCAUACUAAGUCCAGAUUGAGAAUAAAUAUUAAGAGGCUGUGAAAUUUACUUUGAGAGAUGGGUUUAUUAAGUUUUAAAAAGUUCAGAAGUAUUAUAAAUGUUGAGUCUUCCUGCACCAAUAUCUGUGUUUUUUUAAUGGUUAGGGAAUAUGGGAAUGUAUUUUUAUCCUCCUAAACUAGUGGUCCAGACUGGAAGGAUUGGGGAGGGGCAAAGACUAGAGACUGGACCUUGGUAAUGCAGAUGAGGCUCUAACUUCCUUCUACAUCUUUUUAGAUACUUAGAUACUCUUAAUAGGUUGAAGUCACCUUGAAAGGAUGUUAAGAGCAUUGUAGUGUCAUUUGCAUGAACACGGAGGAUAGGACUUUGGUGCCUUCAUCAGACUUGCUCCAAGACAAAGAUAAUUUUAUUUUGAUAGUUCAAGACUCUGGGACUGUGGGAAUAAAAUCGGCCAUAAGCUUAUAGAACAUCCAACUCUAUGGAACUGGAUUCCUUACUUUGUGAAAGCUGCUACUCUACAGAAAGAUUUAGUAGUUUGUAUUUAAUCUUGUAUUUAUUUGUAUUUGGUAAGACCUGAGUACAAGUGUUCUUCCCUAGCUGUAAAGCACUGUGUUCUGUUGGAAUCUGAAUUCAUUCAUUGAUGUAUUUUCAGGCUUCUCAUCUUUAUUGUCAUUGACAGUUAAGCAUGUUUUAUAAAUGACAAGAUUCCAGGGUGGGAAUGGAGUGGUUUCUUUCUUUUAAUUUUUUAUUUUUUAAGUUAUGUCAAUUUAAAAAACUCUAGUGUUGUGAUUUAGUAAAGCGGAUUUGCUCUGGAGGAAAGAGUGUUAAACUUGGUAUUUUGAAACAUGUUUGUUUAAGAUUAUCAUUUCCAAAUGUUGUUUUACUUGUACUUUGCUUUUGGUAUGGCCAAAUAUUUCGCUUGUUUUUCAUAGUUCCUGAUAUUUUCAGAAAAAUCAAAAUAAAUUUGUUCCCUGAA